AGGCGGGGCGGGCGGCGAACCCGGAGCUCCUCCCCGGAAGGGAAGCGCGGCCGGCGGCGCCGAGCGACGGCAAGAUGGUGCGGAAGCUGAAGUACCACGAGCAGAAGCUGCUGCGGCGGCUGGAGCUGGUGAGCUGGGAGGUGGCGGCGGGCAGCCUGGCCGAGGUGCGGGCGCUGCGGCGGUACCGCGUGGGGCGGCGAGAGGACUACGCCCGCUACAAAGCGCUGGCCCGGGAGGUGCGCGCUCUGGCGCGGAGGCUGCGGGACCUGGGCCCGGGGAGCGCCGCGUUCCGCUCCCGCUGCGGGGCCGCGCUGCUGGAGAAGCUGUACGCGCUGGGGCUGGUGGGCUCGCGGCGCUCCCUGGCCGUGUGCGAGCGCGUGUCCGCCGCCUCCUUCUGCCGCCGCCGCCUGCCCUGCCUGCUGCUGAAGCUGCGCAUGGCCCAGAACCUGCGGCACGCCGUCACCUUCGUGGAGCAGGGCCACGUCCGCGUGGGGCCCGAGGUGGUCACCGACCCCGCGCUGCUCGUGCCCCGCGCCAUGGAGGACUUCGUCACCUGGGCCGACGCCUCCCGCCUGCGCCUCAAGGUGCUCGACUACAACCAGGAGCGCGACGACUUCGACCUGGCUGCCUAGAGGCAGCUGAUGUGGGGUGGGCCCUCCCGAGAGCCCUCCCUGCAGCCCCCCCAGCCCUGCCCUGCCUCCUCUGCCCUGAACACACGCGCAUUGCCCCUCACAGCGACGCUUCCAGGCUUCCACGCACCCAGAAGUG